UUCUGGUUUUCGAAAUUAAAACAUAAGAAUUGCUAGUGAUUUGCGUCUAGGUCCCGUAAUCGAAGAUAACCCUAACCUAACAUUGUUGAGGAAUGGACUCUCAGGUGACGGUAGCUCUUGCUCUUUCACUGGUUGGUGGCUUGAGCACUUCCCUCGGUGCACUUUUUGUUAUUAUUAAUCCAGCUCCCAAUUUGAAGAUGCUUGGGUUAUUACAGGGUUUUGCUGGUGGUUUGAUGCUGAGCAUAUCAUUCUUCGAUCUUGCUCAUAAUGCUUUGAACUCACUAGGAUUCUUGAAAGGCAACCUUUGGUUUUUCGCUGGUGUAAUAUUCUUUGCUGUUGUUACCAAUUUUAUCCCCGAGCCAACACUUGCUCCCACUUCAGAUGUGAAGAGUAGAAAGAAAAAUGGGGAUGAAGGAAGCAAGGAUAUUAUGAAAAAACAUCGCAGACAAGUUUUAUUCAGUGGAAUUAUUACAGCCGUAGGUAUAAGUUUACACAAUUUUCCGGAAGGAAUGGCAGUAUUCCUUGGAUCCAUGAAGGGACUCCGUGUUGGCCUUAACUUAGCGUUGGCCAUUGCUCUGCACAAUAUCCCAGAGGGUGUUGCUGUUGCACUUCCUGUUUAUUUUGCGACACAAAGUAAAUGGAAGGCAUUCAAAUUGGCAACGCUUUCUGGCUUUGCCGAACCCCUGGGUGUUAUAAUAGUAGCCUAUCUAUUCCCUAGCAGCUUAAGUCCCGAGAUUCUGGAAGGCUUACUUGGAUCAGUUGGUGGAGUUAUGGCUUUUCUGACCCUUCAUGAAAUGCUGCCAUUGGCAUUUGAUUAUGCGGGACAGAAGCAAUCUGUUAAGGCUGUAUUUUUUGGGAUGGCUUUCAUGUCUGCAAGCCUGUAUUUUCUAAGUAUCUGCUUGCCAGAGGAGAUAAGCUUGUAGAUGGGAACAACCUCUUUUGUUUUCUGAAUAUGAUGCAUUCCACAGUAUUAUUGUGGCGUGUCUUCUGUUUCUGUCAUCAAUCGCAGCAACAUUCCUUCGGAAGGACUCCCACAAACUGUCCAAUGACAAAAAUGCACAGCCAUCUGUUGAGGAUAGCAAUCGGACAUCAAUAUACAGGGAUGUAUUCCACCUAAGGUUAUGGUAUCCCUUAUAAACGAAUGUACAAAGAAAACGAAAGAAUAAGUGUAUGUUGUCUUUAAUUCGUUAACCGACCUUGUAUCCUGUCAUCAAUGAAGGUCAGACUUGUAAAUUACACAGUUUGCUGAUAGCCUUGGGGUAUAAGAAACAAUAUGCCUUGAGCAUUCUUCCUCUCCAAACCGACCAUGCUUGCCUUGGCAAGGAGUUUGGUUCUCAGGUCUCUUAUAUUAAUAGUCUAAAAUUCAAAAA